UCAUCUGAGGGGGUUAUCGGGCCGAAAUUUCUACAUGGGCCUAACCCCAGAUCCAAGCUUCCAAACUCAUCGCCCUCCCCACGGCCAGAACCCUAGCCUCGUCGCCAUGGCCUCCUCCUUGCUCCGCUCCGGCCACCGCCUCUUUCUCCGACGCCACCGCCUACCCGCGGCAUUCUCCACCGCUACGGCCGAGGAGCUAAUCGACGUACGCAAGCUUCCCACCAACUACGACCCCUCCACCUUCGACCCGUCCUCCCCGUCCCGCCCGCUGCCGUCCGACCGCGUGUGGCGCCUCGUCGAGGAUGUCUCCUCCCUCACCCUCGCGGAGACCGCGGCUCUCUCCUCUCUCCUCCUCCGCCGCCUCGACAUACCCUCCGCACCACCCAUCGCCAUCCUCAACUCCGCCGCGGGGCUGGGCGGCGCCGCCACGGCCGGCGCGGCGGGGGAGAAGGCGGGGGCGGCGGCGGCGGCGGCGGCCGAGAAGACCGUCUUCGAGCUGCGGCUGGAGGGCUACGACGCUGCGAGCAAGAUCAAGGUGAUCAAGGAGAUCCGGUCGUUCACCGACCUGGGGCUGAAGGAGGCCAAGGAGCUGGUGGAGAAGGCGCCUGCGGUGAUCAAGGGCGGCCUAUCCAAGGACGAAGCCAAGGCGAUCAUCGAGCGGAUGAAGGCAGUUGGCGCCAAGGUCGUCAUGGACUGAUCAGAACAAGCCUUUUUCAACGGUGAAAUCCUGCAACUGCGAAUCUAUGCUUCAUUUCAGAUCAACUUUAAGUGCAAGGAUGGACGGGUGGAUUGUGGACAGUUCCUCUAUGAACUUGCGGAAAUUGAUGUGGCACAGCGCUAAUAGGUUUUCAAGCACGUUAAUCAAAUGAACAUUGAUCCUGCAAUGCUAUAGGGUAUUGGCAUCAAUCGCUCGUCAUUAUGUUCGAAUUUGUGACCUUUCAAUUGUGGGAAGUUAAAAUGACAUAGUUAGUUAUUUUGUUCAUCGCAGGGUCUUGUUUGAGACUGGAUGUCCAUAUGGAUACAAUAACAUUUUGCUCUUGUUUCUGUGAAUGUACAAAUCGAUUCUUAUUGAAUGCAACUUAACUCUCGACUGUUGUUGCUAUAAUGCUAUGUGCAGGUGGCCAGGUGCUGUAGCUCCAUGCGCUUCUCUAUCCUCAGGGUUGAUGCCGCAUGCUGCUUGGCUCGGCACUGUUACUGAAAUUUCGAGGCUCAACGGUCUUCAAUCAUUCAUGUCAUCAUGUGUUUCUUCUUGUCCUGUUUAGGAAUAGCCUUCGCUAACAGGAAACAGGGAAUAAAUUAUUUCUAAAUUUGAGAUAAAAAGCAUGCACAGUUGGAGUAUUAAAGCAUGUGUUCUACUUCUAGGCCUCUGGUUGACGUCUUGCCUUACGUAGACUGAUUGGUACACUGUCUCACUCACGGUUUGCCACACCUAAAGUUAGGCUAGUUUGACUAGAUUAGAAGUGUGUUUUGUUUGUAGCUAUAGUUGUGAUAAGAUUUUUCUUUCAUUAAUGACUUGUAAAAACGUU